AUGUCCCUGGUGUCAUUCAAGCGCGACGCCUGCCAUCCGAUGGCCAAGACGGCACUCCCCCUGUUGCAGAACGCCGCUAAAGUAUCACAGACCCUUAGCCUUAAUCAAAAGGACUAUGCUUCGCGGGAGAUCGCAGGUGGCAUUGGUGACAUCCUUGGCGGUGGCAAAGGAAAUGUCCUCCCUACCGGGCUUCCGAUCGGCGGUGGUAGCGAUGGAGAAUACGGAGGUGGUGGCAGCGGCAGUGGCAGUGGCGCCGGCGGUAUUGGUGGUAUCCUGCCUACUGGCCUUCUCGGUGGCGGUGGAGGAGGCCUCGGUGGUCUUCCUGGCGGCGGCGGCAGCGGCAGCGGCGGCAUUGGAGGUAUUCUUCCUACCGGUCUUCCCCUUGGCGGCGGAAGCGGCCUUGGAGGUCUCCCAGGUGGAACCGGCAGUGGCAGUGGUAGCGGCGGCAUUGGAGACAUUCUCCCCACCGGCCUCCCUAGUGGUGGUGAGGGCGGUAUUGGCGGUCUCCUGGGAGGUGGCGGUGACAAGGGCCUCGUUCUUCCUACUGGCGGAGGCGAGGGAGGCAUCGGCGGCCUUCUUGGUGGUGGUGGAAAUGGCGGCAUUGGCGGUGCCCUUCCUACCGGCCUUCCUAUCCCGGGUAUUGGCGGCAGUGGUAGCGAAAGCGGAAGCGGAAGCGGCGGCCUCCCCAUUCCCGGCAUCGGAGGCAGCGGUAACGGAGGAAGUGGGGGCAUCGGCGGCAUCAUCCCCACUGGCCUCCCCAUUCCCGGAAUCGGCGGCAGCGGAAGCGGCAGCUCUCCCUCCGGCUUCGAAACCCGGAUCCGCACCACCACUGACAGCGGUGAUGGUUAUAACGCUCCUGCUGCUACCCCGGCCCCUGAGGAUUGGUAA